UAUCUUUCAAUAGUUUUUAUAUUGAUUUUGUGGGUGUUGGUUGUUUUUAAUUUUUAUAAGCCAUCAAUGGAUUCCUCAGGUAUAAUUCGAAUAUGUCAUCCAUUUACACUCAGAGUCAGACCCACUCAGAAAACCAAUUCCCUUUCUAAUCCCAGAAGAAACACCAUUUCUAUUUUCAGAAUCAGAAGCAGGAGCAUUCGAAACGACGCCGCAUUCGACGAGGCGGCGUACGAGGCAGAGAGGCUCAGCCUGGACGCCAAGGCUCGAGAAACAAUGGCGGAGAAGUCAAAGGGAGAGAUUGAUAAAGAAGAAGAAGAUUCAAAAGCUUGGAAAUGGGUGAUUCGAAAGAGGAUUUGGGAUUUGAUGGAGGCCACGAAUGUUGCUCAGAACCCUCGACCUGUUCACCAUCGCAUUCCCAAUUUCCUCGGAGCUUUUUCUGCUGCUGAUAAGUUUGGUGGAUUGGAAGCGUAUAAGGUUGCUGAAUGCGUGAAGGUUAACCCGGAUUCGCCUCAGAAGCAAGUCAGGUUUCUCACACUCUCUGAUGGAAAGAAAUUGUUGACUCCUCAACCCAGGUUAAGGACCGGAUUUUUCUCCAUACUCGAGUCGUCUAUGUUAUCCCCUAAUACAAUCAAAGAGGCUUGCACCUCUGUUGGAGUUGCCAAGUAUGGACGCCCAAUUGGCUUGGAUGAAAAACUCAAGGUGGAUUUAAUAGUUAUUGGCUCAGUUGCUGUUGAUCCAACGACUGGAGCUCGACUUGGCAAGGGCGAGGGAUUUGCGGAACUUGAAUAUGGUAUGUUGCGAUACAUGGGAGCUAUUGAUGAGUCAACACCAGUUGUUACCACUGUGCACGACUGUCAAUUAGUAGAUGAUAUUCCAGUUGAGAAGCUGCUAAUCCAUGAUGUGCCAGUAGAUAUCAUCUGCACCCCAACUCAAGUGAUUUUUACCAAUACGUCGAUUCCGAAGCCUCAAGGAAUAUAUUGGGAGAAAUUGUCCCCUGAGAAGCUGGGGCAAAUCCGAAUACUCCGAGAGCUGAAGACCAGAAUCGAACGAGAGACGGGACAGAAGCUUCCAUGUGGUCCGUCUGAGAAACUGCCUCCCACAGCUCAACGAAGAAGACGCUGAGUUUGUUGAACGUAACAGUUAACACACACAAGUUAUGUUUUGGCAGCCAUAGCCAGCCAGUACUUGGUACACUUUUUGGUUGCCAUUGUAUUGUUGUUGUUACGUGUUUUGUGUAAAAUUAUAUUGUUUAUAAGAUGUAAAAAUUAUGUAGAGUGAGUCCUUAUACAAAAGAAUAUUUUUCUUUCUUACCAUUUUAUUAUUAUUAUUAUUAUUAUUGGUUUGAGUAUUUUCUAUUUACAUUUUGGGAUCUUCGUAAUUUCUAGAAUUUUUUUUUUUUAAUUUAAUUGUGUGGGGGGUGAAAGUGAAAAGGAAAAUCGCUAGAGGAAGGGCUAGAACCUUCGACCUUGUGGUUAACAGCCACACGCUCUAACCAA